CAGUAGACUGUUUCAAGUUCCCCCAGCAGAAACUGUGCCUGAUUUGUGGCCAAUGCUGGAGAUGUACGAAAAGGGAGGAAAACACUAAGCGGGUAGCUAUGGAGAUAGACCGUUUUCCUGGCCGCUUCCUUUGACAGGUGUUGAGUAGGUUAAAAGUCUUCAAACAGAGUCCACCAUGUACGCCAAAGGGAAAGGAGCUGUCGUUCCAUCCGAUAGUCAAGCCAGAGAGAAAUUAGCUUUAUACGUGUACGAGUACUUGUUGCAUGUUGGGGCCCAAAAAUCAGCACAGACCUUCCUUUCCGAGAUCCGAUGGGAGAAGAACAUUACGCUAGGGGAGCCUCCUGGAUUCCUUCAUUCAUGGUGGUGUGUAUUCUGGGAUUUGUACUGUGCCGCUCCAGACCGCCGGGAGACCUGCGAGCACUCCAGCGAGGCCAAGGCCUUCCACGACUAUAGUGCAGCAGCAGCCCCCAGCCCCGUAAUGGGCAACAUGCCCCCCAACGACGGCAUGCCAGGCGGACCCAUGCCCCCUGGUUUCUUUCAGGGGCCUCCCGGCUCGCAGCCGUCACCACACGCACAGCCUCCCCCACACAAUACCAGCAACCCCAUGAUGGGACCACACGGCCAGCCUUUUAUGUCUCCACGGUACCCUGGUGGACCUCGGCCGUCUCUUCGCAUGCCAAAUCAGCCUCCUGUAGGAGUUCCAGGAUCACAACCACUCCUGCCAAACAGUUUGGACCCAACCAGACCACAAGGGCAUCCUAACAUGGGUGGUCCGAUGAGAAUGAAUCCUCCCAGGGGGAUGGGUGGCAUGGGCCCUCAGAACUACGGUGGUAUGAGGCCUCCUCCCAACUCUCUAGGUGGUCCAGGCAUGCCUGGAAUGAACAUGGGUCCUGGAGGACGUGGCCCAUGGCCAAACCCGAAUGCUAACUCGAUAGCAUACUCCUCCUCGUCUCCAGGGAAUUACGUGGGUCCUCCAGGAGGUGGUGGUCCACCAGGAACUCCCAUAAUGCCAAGCCCGGGAGACUCCACAAACUCCAGUGAAAAUAUCUACACGAUGAUGAACCCUAUUGGUCCAGGAGGAAACAGACCCAAUUUCCCCAUGGGUCCCGGUCCAGAUGGCCCAAUGGGCGGCAUGGGUGGCAUGGAACCCCAUCAUAUGAACGGAUCGUUAGGCUCUGGUGACAUGGAUGGGUUGCCAAAGAACUCCCCCAACAACAUGGCAGGGAUGAACAACCCACCGGGCACACCGCGGGAUGAUGGAGAAAUGGGAGGAAACUUCCUCAACCCAUUCCAAAGUGAAAGUUAUUCACCCAACAUGACGAUGAGUGUGUGAUUUCGUCUAGUUUUAUUGUUUUAUUUGGGGUUUUCUUUUUCGUUUCGUUUUCAAACCCCCUCCAACCGCCCCGUUCCUUUUUUUAACCCUGCCCUCCCUCUUCACGUCGAUCAACCCCCCGGCACCCUCUGCCCACGGAACUCUGGCUUUUUCUGCACAGCCUUCUGGGAUGCCCCACGAGCAGAGGACUCACAUGAAAGUGGCCCAUCCCAGCUUGUGCAAAAUGGCCACUGGCAACAGGAAACAGUCCCAGAGCCACAGGAAGAGCUUGUUGACUGAAUCUCCCUGCCUCCCGGACUUCCUCUCUGGUUCAGGACAUUAACGGGGCUGAACACACUCUCCCACACACACACACACACACACACAAGGCAGGUGUGUGUUUGAGCAGACACACGCUUCACCGGGCUGCUCACUUGAUUAUCUUUAUGAACUCACUCCACUUUUUUGAUUCGUUUUUUUAAUCUUGAAUGGAUGCAGUCGUUUUUACAGUGGAAAAUAUCUGCACCUUUUUCCUCCAUUUUAUUGUGUAAAUGCAAGAGGAAACUCAUCACGAUGGGUUCGGCAAUGAACGUGUUUUCAUUAUUCUGUGUAUGUAUUGUAUUAUUAUCAAUUGUUGAUUUUAUUUUUAUUAAUAUUGUAAUGAUGGUUAUUGAUUAGGUUUUAAUCUUUUUUUUUUUUUGAAAGGGGCACAUUGUAUGUAAACCACAAAUUCGACAGAAAAAGCACACAUCCCAUAAUGCACAAUAACGGUGUUGUGACUUUUGCAGGAAGUCUACACUACGGUUGUGUUUGCUGUGAAAUCUUACCUCCCGCAGAUUCAAAAGGUAGCCGUACCUUUUCUCCUACGUCUCUAGUAUACAUCUAGAUACAGGAAGUGUAGCUAAGUGAACGUCUGAGGCCAAGAGGCGCGAGGCCCAAACCAGCAGCGACUUUAACCUCCUCAGACCAGCCUGUGCGUCCGACAACACGUUUUGGAAUCUGUAGAGAGGAAGUGAUGUCAUACCAGAGCCGAAAACAUGCGGUUAUAGUGCUAAACUUGACUCAAACACAUGACAGAUGUCUGCUCGCCGUGAUUCACAACUUAUUUAUUUGUUGUUUUUUCGUUCAUGAGUUGAUUUUAUCGUGCACACGUCUCGCAUGCGACCCGUCAGGACAUAUUGUACACAUGUAAAUAUGCCAGUCUAAGAUACCUCCUGAAGAUUUGUAUCAUUCUGUCCCUCGCCAGAGACCCACAUGCUUUCCUUCUGCAUGAAUCCGAACAGGGUGUCUCUAGUCACACGACAUUACAAAUGAGGUUCCUGUUGGCUCGGUGCUCAUCAUACUGGAUGUUUUUUCAGGUGCAGGAAUAGAGCCCUCUUCCUCAAACACAUUUUGCUAAAUGUGUGUUCCGUAUGUCUAAUCGUCUUUAAACACAUGAUGUCAGCCACAUCAAGAGCUUAUUUUUCUGAGCUUAUGAGAUGAGUGGAUUGUAAUGGGUCAUCCAGGGACUACUGAAUGAGGGAUAUAUUAACUAAAUGUGCAUUUUCUUCGUAUUGUCUUUUGCAUUGGGUGAAUUUGCUGUGUGUUUUUUAGAAGGAUAGUCCACCCAAAAAUGAAAAUUCUGUCACUCCAGAACUGUGAUUUUCUAACUAAAGAGUUUCAAUUGUCAUUGACUUCCAUUGUAAUUUUUGUCCCAAGUCAAUGGGAACUUCAACUUUUUGGUUACCAACAUUCUUUAAAAUAUUCUUAAAGAUCUUUAGAUCUUAUUAAAGAAGUUAUUUUGAAGAAAGCUGGUAACUAAACCAACCCUUUGACUUCCGUUGUAAUUUUUGGCCAUCAAUGGAAGUCAAUGGGAACCUGUUUUUGAUGACCAACAUUCUUCAAAUUUCUUAAUCCAUCUUGUUAAAGAAGAUAUUUUGAAGAAUGUUGUUAACUAAACUGUUUCGUUUCCCAUUGACUUCCAUUGUAAUUUUUGGCCAUAUGAUGAAAGUCAAUGGGAACUGAAACUGUUUGGUUACCAACAUUCUUCAAAAUAUUCUUAAAGAUCUUCAGUCUAUUUUAUUAACGAAGAUAUUUUGAAGAAAGUUGGAACUAAACCAACCCUUUGACUUCCAAUUCAAUUUUUGGCUAUCAAUGGUAACCAAAACUGUUUGGUUACCACCAUUCUUCGAAAUAUUCUUCAAGAUUUUUUUCUAAAUCUGUCUUGUUGAAGAAGAUAUUAUGAAGAAUGUUGGUAACUAAACUGUUUCAGUCCCCAUGGACUUCCAUUGUCAUUUUUGGCCAUAUGAUGGAAGUCAAUGGGAACUGAAACUGUUUGGUUACCACCAUUCUUCGAAAUAUUCUUCAGGAUCUUCAGUCUAUCUUAUUAAAGAAGAUAUUUUGAAGAAAGUUGGUAACUAAACCAACCAUUUAACUACCAGUGUAAUUUUUGGUCAUAAAUGGAAGUCAAAGGGAACUGAAACUAUUUGGUUCCCAACAUUCUUCAAAUUUUUUUUAAAGAAGAUCUUGAGUCUGUCUUAAGAAGAUAUUUUGAAGAAUGUUGGUAACUAAACUGUUUCAGUCCACAUUGACUUCCAUUAUAAUUUUUUGGCCAUACACUGGGAGUCAAUGGGAACCAAAAUUGUUUGGAUACCAAGAUUUUUCAUAAUAUUCUUAAAGAAGAUCUUGAUUCUGUCUUGUUAAAGAAGAUAUUUUGAAGAAUGUCAGGAACCGCAACAGUUUGGUUACCAACAUUCUUCAAAAUAUUUUUUAAAGAUUUGAGUCUAUCUUGUUAAAGAAGAUACUUUGAAGAAUGUUGGUAACUAAACUGUUUCAGUCCCCAUUGACUUCCAUUAUAAUUUUUUGGCCAUACAAUGAAAGUCAAUGGGAACCAAAAUUGUUUGGAUACCAAGAUUUUUCAUAAUAUUCUUAAAGAACAUCUUGAUUCUGUCUUGUUAAAAAAAGAUAUUUUAAAGAAUGUUGGUAACUAAACUGUUUCAGUCCUCAUUGACUUCCAUUGUAAUUUUUGGCCGUAUGAUGAAAGUCAAUGGGAACCAAAAACAGUUUUUUUUUUUUUUUUGUUUUUUAAAUAUUCUUAAAUAAGAUCUUGAUUCUGUCUUGUUAAAGAAGAUAUUUUAAAGAAUGUCAGGAACCGCAGAUGUUUUAAAGAAUGAUGGUAACUAAACUGUUUGAAGCCCCAAUAUAAUUUUUGGCCAUACAAUGGAAGUCAAUGGGAACAGAAACUGUUUCAUUCCUCAAAGUAUUCUUUUUUGAAGAAUGAUGGUAACUUACUGCUUUCAGUACCCACUGACUUUCAUUAUAAUAUGUGUUAAUUUACUGGAAGUCAAUAGGAACAAAUACUGUUUAACAUUUUUCAGAACAUCAUUUUUUUUUUUUUUUUAAGGAUUUAUUUUUGCCGUUUUUAUGCCUUUAUUUGGAUAGGACAGUGUAGAUGGACAGGAAGCAAAGUGGGAGAGAGAGAAGUGGGUGUGAUCGGGAAAGGUCCACAAGCUGGGAUUCGAACUCGGGUCGUCCGCAUCACAGCGUCGCUAUAUGUCGACGCACUAACCACAAGGCUAUUGGCGUCGACCAGAACAAGUUAAUUUCAAUGUUGAUAACUAAAAAGUUUCUGUUUGGUGAUGUGUUUUUAAAGAUUUUUUGAAGAACUAAAACGUUUUGGUCCCCACUGACUUUUACCAACAUUCUUCAAAAUAUCUUCUUUAUUUUCCACUGAAAGUCACACAGGUUUGGAAUGACGUGAGGGUGAGUGAUUUUUGGGUGGUCUUAUCCCUUGAAACAAAAUGUGUUUUUGGAAGUAGGAGGUCUCAGUGAAAUGGUUAUUAGGGGUCAGAAGGAACCGGUAAAUAUCAGAGCUAAAUGCUAAAAUCCUCCUGCUGAUUACAUACACACACACAUUGAUCGCACAGCACCUGUUUUUAAGUUCUCCA